AUGAACGUCCCUCUCGUGAUAUUGAAGACUGGACUGAUGACUCCGCCGCCCCAAAAACACCCCGGGAUGCCUCUGACCCUGGCUGCGAGAGGAAGGCCUAAGAUGGGGUCGUCCAUUGGCAUAGAUAAAGAUGUCAACGGAGAUCGGGAGUCUUUUGCUACUGGCACGUUAGGAGGCUAUGUGCGACUCGUGGGUAAACAGGUCUACCAAGGGUUUCUGACGUGUUGCCACGUUGUAACAGACAAAUCAGCCGGCGACAACAAGGCUUUCAUGACGUAUCCAUCGAUAGAGAACUUGAAAAUUCAGCGUGAGGAGAGCGAGGAGGAUACGAAAGACUUUCCGGACUCAGUGUAUUGCGCAAAACUUGGAAAAGUCCUCGCCAAGCAGAAGGCAGCCGAUCAAGACGGAUUCCUUGUGGACUGUGCGUUCGUCGAACUGCAAGGUUCUUCGGUGGAUUAUUUCCUUCCUAACGAAGUUCCUAUCAUCGACGACAUUAAACAUGUCCUCCCAUAUGAUCGGAGUGCGCGAGCUAGGCGGCCGGGGCAAGUAACCGGCCUUGGAAAUCUUGUCGGCGGACGGUGGUACUUCAAGGCCGGAUUCAUGUCCGGCAUUACUUCCGGCACUUGCAACGGCGCGUCUAUGCAGGUUUUUGAUGGAUACGAGGAUACAUAUUACAAAACCAAAUGUAUUUUGCCAUUCAACAAAAUGUCAACCACUGAUCUAAAAGUCAUGGUUGAAGGAGAUUCGGGAUCCCUAGUGAUCGACGGGGAUGGCAAGGUUUGCGGGAUUUUGUUCGCAGGGCUUCACAAUAUUGGGUGUGUUUCGCCCAUGAGUAGUGUUCGAGUGGCACUAGAAAAGGGGCUGAACCAGCACGAAGACGGAAGUUCCGGUACGGGGACACGUAUAGAACUGCCUACAUAG